AUGAGCGAUAUCUCUUCAUUUGCGGCGCUCCGCAAACAUCAGAGCGAGGACUUGGCUAAGCUAGCGGAAGAGCAUUUCAAGCAUGACCUACAAGAGACCGACAAGAAGACCCUGGUGAGCGCAGCUGGCAAAGUGCAGACCCAUGCUCUAGUUGGGUCGAUCGUUGGUGUCGGUUUGGGUGCUUUUCUUGCUAUCCGUCUCAGGUCCAACAGACAGAAGAUCUUUCAAGCUUUCAAGGCUGCAGAGAAACCCACGCAUGUUGUCUUCGCAAGCGGCCGUCAAGAAGCAAUUCCGGACAUCGCACCUCUCAUGAAGCCAACACCACUGGGAGAUAUUGCUGCUUAUACGUUCUUCUCAAUCGCAGGGCUCUUCGUCGGUGGUGAAAUCGGAUUCUUAACUGGUGCCUGGUCAGCCAAGCGGACGAUUUCAGCUGAUCCAGAGGUCCGGAGGAGGGUUGAGACAGCUUUCCGCAAGUUCAGGGCCGAUGUCAUGCGCAAGCAAAUCGCGGAUCUGGAAAAGAACACUGAUGGCGAGACUGGAAGUGCUUCGCCGUUGUUUGAGUAG